CCUUGGGCUCGGGAGGCCGCCUGGCCACGCGGGGGGACCGGCGGCGGCGCGGGGAGUGGGCCGCGCCGCGCCGCGCCGCGCUGCUCCGCUCUUCAGCCUUUUUGGCUCCACCGGCCGCCAUCUCUCACCACCAGCUGGGCCCGCAGCACCGCCACGAACACACCUCCGCCCGCUCGCCGCGCGCCCGCGCCCGCUCCCCGGGCAGCAAUGGCGGCAGAGACGACCGUCGUCAAGCGCAGCGGGCUGUCGCAGGCCACAGACCUGGGCAAGAUUGCGAGGCGGAUCGACGCUCUUUGCGACGGCCUCAACAGGAAGUACAUUGACCCGGCCCAUAUCAGCAAGAAGAUUGCGGAGGGCCUGUACACCGGCAUCUCCACGGCCCAGGUGGACACACUUGCGGCGGAGACGUGCGCGUACAUGUCCCAGAAGCACCCGGACUUCUCCGCGCUCGCGGCGCGCGUGGCCGUGUCCAGCCUCCACAAGUGCACCUCGGACUCCUUCUCCGAGACCUGCCGCACCAUGCACGACUGCCGCGACAAGCGCGACAGGCCGUCGCCUCUGCUCGCGGACGACGUGUGGGCCUUCGUCUCCGCGAACGCGGAGCGCCUGGACGCCGCGAUCGACUACAAGCGCGACCACGGCUAUGACUACUUCGGCUUCAAGACGCUGGAGAAGUCGUACCUCAUGCAGGUCAGGGGCAAGAUCAUAGAGAGGCCGCAGCACAUGCUCAUGCGGACCGCGUGCGGCAUCCACGUCGGCGACGUCGAGAAGGCCGUGGAGACUUACGACCUGAUGUCCAGGCGCUUCUUUACGCACGCCACGCCCACGCUGUUCAACGCGGGCACGCCUCGUCCCCAGAUGUCUUCGUGUUUCCUGCUGACGAUGAAGGAGGACAGCAUCGAGGGUAUUUUCGACACCAUGAAGACGUGCGCGCUCAUCUCCAAGUCCGCCGGCGGCAUCGGCGUCGCGAUCUCGAACGUGCGCGCGAACGGGUCCGCCGUGCUCGGCAACAACGGGCAGUCCAAAGGCCUCGUGCCCAUGCUCCGCGCGUUCAACGAGACGGCCCGCUGGGUGGACCAGGGCGGCGGCAAGCGGCGGGGCUCCUUCGCCAUGUACCUCGAGCCGUGGCACGCGGACGUGUUCGACUUCUUGGAGAUGCGCAAGAACCACGGCAAGGAGGAGCAGCGCGCGCGCGACCUCUUCUACGCCCUGUGGGUGCCGGACCUCUUCAUGGAGCGCGUGAAGCAGGACGCAGAGUGGACGCUCUUCUGCCCCAACGAGGCGCUGGACGAGGACACCGGCAAAACCCUCAUGGAUGUCUACGGGGACGAGUUCGCAGAGAUGUACACGCGCCUGGAGAGGGAGGGCAGGGGCCGCAAGACCAUCAAGGCGCAGACCCUAUGGUUCCGCAUCCUGGAGUCCCAGAUGGAGACAGGCACGCCGUACAUGUUGUACAAGGACCACGCCAACAGGAAAUCGAACCAGCAGAACUUAGGCGUCAUUCACAAUUCGAACCUCUGCACCGAGAUCAUCGAGUACACGUCGGCCGACGAGGUCGCGGUGUGCAACCUGGCCUCCAUCGCCCUCAACGCCUUCGCCCACGACGGCCAGCCCUACGACUUCCAGGGACUCUACGAGGUGACCAAGGUCGCAACGCGAAACCUGAACAAGGUCAUCGACCGCAACUUCUACCCCGUGCCCGAGGCCCGGCGCUCCAACAUGCGGCACCGCCCGGUGGGCCUCGGGGUGCAGGGGUUGGCGGACGCAUUCCUGAUCCUGCGAAUGCCCUUCGAGAGCGACCAGGCGAGGCGGCUGAACGAGGAUAUCUUCGAGACGAUCUACUUUGCGGCCUGCGAGGCCUCCUGCGAGAUGGCUGCGGCGGAGGGGCCGUACGAGACCUUCCAGGGGUCCCCAGCGAGCCGAGGGAUCCUGCAGUUCGACAUGUGGGGCCGCGAGCCCAAGAGCGGCCGCUGGGACUGGGCGGGACUCAAGGAGCGGAUCGCGGCGCACGGCCUGCGGAACUCUUUGCUGGUUGCGCCGAUGCCCACCGCCAGCACCGCCCAGAUCCUGGGAAACAACGAGUCGUUCGAGCCGUACACGCAGAACCUCUACGUCCGGAGGGUGUUGUCGGGCGAGUUCGUGUCGGUGAACCGCCACCUGGUUCGCGACCUCAUUGCCAGGGACUUGUGGACCGAGGACCUGCGGUUGCAGCUCAUCGCCAACAAUGGCAGCGUGCAGCAGUUGGAUGUUCCCGCCGACCUCAAGGAGUUGUACAAGACCGUAUGGGAGAUCAAGCAGCGCAUAGUGCUGGACAUGGCGGCCGAGCGCGGGGCGUACAUCGACCAGUCGCAGUCGUUGAAUAUCCACAUGGUGGACGCGACAACCGCCAAGCUGUCGUCGAUGCACUUCCACGGCUGGCAGCUGGGGCUGAAGACCGGGAUGUACUACCUCAGGACGAAGGCGGCCACGGAGGCGAUCAAAUUCACCAUCGAGGUCGACGCAGUCAAGCGGGCGUCGUCUGGGUACCCGGCCACCCCGGCGAGCGGCGACGGCGCGACGCCCACAGGCGGGGCCUCGGCCGCCUCGGCCGAGAGCAGGGCCAUCCAGAGCCUGAAGGCAGAGGCGCCGAAGUACGAGUGCACCAACUGCAGCGCCUAG